UUGUGUCUUAUGAAUCAGAAAGAAAAUAUGAACAAUAUUAAUGCUCCAGAGACAGAUGUGAGCGGUGAUGAUCAGUAUAAGGAGGACAUCCCUACAAGGAAAGAUUUGAUCUAUAUUAAUGCUCCAGAUAUAAAGGAAAAAUUUGCAGAGACAGAUUUGAGGGAUGAUGAGCAGUAUAAUGAGGACAUUCCUACAGGGAAAGAUCUGAUCUAUAUUAAUGCUACAGACAUUAAGGAGGAAAAAAAGAUAGAUGUGAGUGGUGAUGAGCAGUACACUGAGGACAUUCCUACAUGGAAAAAUCUGAUCUUUAUUAAUGCUACAGACAUAAAGGAAGAAGAGACAGAUGUGAGUGGCGAUGAGCAGUAUAAAGAAGACAUUCCUACAGGGAAAGAACUGAUCUAUAUUAAUGCUACAGAAAUAAAGGAAGAAGAGACAGAUGUGAGGGGUAAUGAGCAGUAUAAAGAGGACAUUCCUACAGGGAAAGAUCUAAUCUUCACUAAUACUACAGACAUACAGGAAGAAGAAGAAGAAGAGACAGAUGUGAGCGGUGAUGAGCAGUAUAUGGAGGACAUUCCUACAGUGAAAAAUAUGAUCUAUAUUAAUGCUACAAACAUAAAAGAAGAAAAAGCGACAGAUGUGAGCGGUGAUGAGCAGUAUAAGGAAGACAUUCUUUUAGGCAAAUAUCAUACAGACCUAAAGGAAGAAGAGACAGAUGUGAGGGGGGAUGAGCAGUAUAAGGAGGAAAUUCCUACAGGGAAAGAUAUAAUCUAUACUAAUCCUACAGACAUAAAGGAAAAAGAGGAGGUGACAGGUGUGAGCGGUGAUGAGCAGUAUAAGGAAGACAUUGCUACAGGCAAAGAUCUAAUCUAUACUAAUACUACUGACAUAAAGGAAGAAGAAGAGACAGAUGUGAGCGGUGAUGAGCAGUAUAUGGAGGACAUUCCUACAGGGAAAGAUCUGAUCUAUACUAAUACUACAGACAUAAAGGAAGAAGAAGAGACAGAUGUUAGCGGUGAUGAGCAGUAUAAGGAGGACAUUACUUCAAGUAACCAUCCAGAUUCUUGUACCAGGAGAUCAGAGGAGAAUCUUAUAUCUUCAGAUUAUAAAGCAGAUGAUGAUAUCACACAAGAUACAUAUGAAGAACAUUCCAUUAUCCCAGAUACACCCUCAGCCCUUCACAGCCAAGAUCUCUCAUCUCAUCCUUUAAAGACAGUUCUAUCAUCUGAUUUAUCACAGCAAAAUAUGAGCAAGUCAUUUUCGUGUGCUGAAUGUGGGAAAUGUAUUACUCAGAAAUCAGAUCUUGUUAAACAUCAAAUAUUUAACUCAGUAGAGAAGCCAUUUUCAUGUUCACAAUGUAGAAAAUGUUUUUCUUAUGAAUCACAUCUUGGUCAACGUCAAAAAAUUCACACAGGAGAGAAGCCAUUUUUAUGUUCACAGUGUGGAAAAUGUUUUACUGUGAAACCAUCUCUUGUUAUACAUCAAAGAAUUCACUCAGGAGAGAAGCCAUUUUCAUGUUCAGAAUGUGGGAGAUGUUUUAUUCAGAAAUAUGAUCUUGUUAAACAUAAAAGAACUCACACAGGAGAGAAGCCAUUUUCAUGUUCAGAAUGUGGAAAAUGUUUUUCUAAUAAAUCAAAUCUUAUUCAACAUCAAAAAAUUCACACAGGAGAGAAGCCAUUUUCGUGUUCAGAAUGUGGGAAAUGUUUUGCUUCUAAAUCACUUCUUGUUAUACAUCAAAAAAGUCACAUAGGAGAGAAGCCAUUUUCAUGUUCACAAUGUGGGAAAUGUUUUACUGUGAAGCGAUCUCUUGUUAAACAUCAAAGAAUUCACUCAGGAGAGAAGCCAUUUCCAUGUUCAGAAUGUGGAAAAUGUUUUUCUUAUAAAUCAAAUCUUAUUCAACAUCAAAAAAAUCACACAGGAGUGAAGCCAUUUUCAUGUUCAGAAUGUGGAAAAUGUUUUACUCUGAAUUCAAUUCUUGUUGAACAUCAAAGAACUCACACAGGAGAGAAGCCAUUUUCAUGUACAGAAUGUGGAAAACAUUUUACUCUGAAAUCUGUUCUUGUCAAGCAUCAAAAAAUUCACACAGGAGAGAAGCCAUUUUCAUGUUCAGAAUGUGAGAAAUGUUUUUCUUCUAAAUCACUUCUUGUUAUACAUCAAAAAAUUCACACAGGAGAAAAGCCAUUUUCAUGUUUACAAUGUGGAAAAUGUUUUACUCAGAAAUCAGAUCUUGUUAGACAUCAAAAAAUUCACACAGGAGAGAAGCCAUUCUCAUGUUCAGAAUGUAGAAAAUGUUUUACUAAUAAAUCAAAUCUUAUUCAACAUCAAAAAAUUCACACAGGAGAGAAACCAUUUUCAUGUUCAGAAUGUGGGAAAUGUUUUACUAAUAAAUCAAAUCUUAUUCAACAUCAAAAAAUUCACACAGGAGAUAAGCCAUUUUCAUGUUCAGAAUGUGGGAAAUGUUUUGCUUUUAAAUCAUUUCUUCUUAUACAUCAAAAAAGUCACAUAGGAGAGAAGCCAUUUUCAUGUCCAGAAUGUGGAAAAUGUUUUUCUAUUAAAUCAAAUCUUACUCAACAUCAAAAAAUUCACACAGGAGAGAAGCCAUUUUUAUGUUCCGAAUGUGGGAAAUCUUUUUCUAAAAAAUCAAAUCUUAUUCAACAUCAAAAAAUUCACACAGGAGAGAAGCCAUUUUCAUGUUCAGAAUGUGGGAAAUGUUUUGCUUCUGAAUCACUUCUUGUUAUACAUCAAAAAAGUCACAUAGACGAGAAGCCAUUUUCGUGUUCACAAUGUGGGGAAUGUUUUCCUAAUAAAUCAAGGCUUAUUCAACAUCAAAAAAAUCACACAGGAGAGAAGCCAUUUUCAUGUUCAGAAUGUGGGAAAUGUUUUGCUUCUGAAUCACUUCUUGUUAUACAUCAAAAAAGUCACAUAGACGAGAAGCCAUUUUCAUGUUCACAAUGUGGGGAAUGUUUCCCUAAUAAAUCAAGGCUUAUUCAACAUAAAAAAACUCACACAGGAGAGAAGCCAUUUUCAUGUUCACAAUGUGGGAAAUGCUUUACUGUGAAACAAUCUCUUGUUCAACAUCAAAGAAUUCACUCAGGAGAAAAGCCAUUUUCAUGUUCAGAAUGUGGAAAAUGUUUUUCUUAUAAAUCAAAACUUAUUCAACAUCAAAAAAUUCAUACAGGAGAGAAGCCAUUUUCAUGUUCACAAUGUGGAAAAUGUUUUAUUCAGAAAUAUGAUCUUGUUAAACAUAAAAGAACUCACACAGGAGAGAAGCCAUUUUCAUGUUCAGAAUGUGGGAAACGUUUUACUCUGAAAUCUCUUCUUCUCAAGCAUCAAAAAAUGCACACAGGAGAGAAGCCAUUUUUAUGUUCAAAAUGUGGGAAAUGUUUUACUGACAAAUCAAAUCUUGGUCAACAUCAAAAAAUUCAUACAGGAGAGAAGCCAUUUUCAUGUUCACAAUGUGAAAAAGGUUUUAAUCACAAAUCAGAUCUUGUUAGACAUCAAAGAACUCACACAGGCGAGAAACCAUUUUCAUGUUUAGAAUGUGGGAAAUGUUUUACUCUAAAAUCACAUCUUGUUCAACAUCAAAAAAUUCACACAGGUGAGAAGCCAUUUUUAUGUCCGGAAUGUGGUAAAUAUUUUGCUCAGAAAUCAGAACUUAACAGACAUCUUAGAAUUCACACAGGAGAGAAGCCUUUUGCAUGUUCAGAAUGUGGGAAAUGUUUUACUCAGAAAUCAAUACUUAUGAGACAUCUAAGAAUUCACACAGGAGAGAAGUCAAUUCAGAGCAAUAAAUGAUGCAGAUAACACAUCUAUAUAUUAACCAUGUACAUAGGAUAUCUGACAUUUAUACAUAUAUCAUAUACUGUAUCUCCAAAUUUGUUCCCAAUUGUUAAUAAAAGUUUUCUUU